AUGGGAAUAUGGUUGCAUUUAUGUAAUAUACUUUCUGCAGCCAGAUACUAUUUGAGAGCUGAUAUUGAUGCUAGAGGAGCACACAGAGGAUUCCUAGGCCUUCGUGGAAAUACAGUUCACCUUACCCCACAGAAACAUGCGAUUGAGCUGAUCAAAACCGAUCACCUGAGCCACCUGAUCAAAAUCAACCACAAAUUCAUCCACUUUGAUGAUGGUGUUCUGAAGAUGCAUCCAACAAAGAAGACGCCGUUUUACAUGAUAUUUAUACCAGAUAUACAGGGAUUCCAUGUGAUAUUCAGAAACACAAAUGGAUGCUUGGCUUACACCAGUGGCAAAAUUAGACUCGAUAGGUGCAAUCAGAAGAGUGUGAUCAAGUUCAGUAUUGCACCAGUAGAUGAAAUGGAGAAGAGAGAAGGUAGAAGACCACAGCAUCGUGGAAGAAGGGAGGAAUCAAACAGCUUUGAGGUGAGUAGUAGCAAUAGGCAGCAAUUCAUGUUUGAUGAACGUGAUUGUGAGACAGAGAAGGAGAACAAUGGUGAGUUUGACGAGCCACAAGACCGUAGCAGGAACAAGAGACCAAGACGAGACUACAAUUCAGAGGAAAAGAGUGAUGGAGUGGAAUUGGUGAGGAAGAAAAUAAGAAGCCUGAACAAUUCUGGGCCACGAAGGAGAUUUGAUAGAGAUGAGUUCAGUGGUGAAAAGGCAGAUGGUUUUAGAGAAAGAAGCAUCGAGAGUGACUAUGCUUAA